AUGACGGAUAUAUUCACAAGGUAUGCGACUGCAGUUCUCCUGGUGUCAACAGAUUCUGUUGAUGUCGAGAGAGAGAUUGUGGAGAGGUUCGUACUGAAUUUUGGAGUUCCCAAUAGAUUGCCCAUGGAUCAAGAGGGGACUUUUGGUGGUAAAUUGAUGCAAGAUCUGUGCCGACUUUUGUUUAUCAACAAAAUUCAGACCUGGCCUUAUAAGCCCAAGAGUAACGGAGAGACCAAAAUGCACAACACAAAGGUGGCUGAAGAUAUUCUCAAGUAUUGUAUGGAAAAUUCAAGGAGGUGGGGAGCUUUGCUGCUGUUUAGUAUGGUGCUUGGACAGAUGUGUCAGUAUCCAGUUGACCUUUUUUACAUCAAACCUAAUGACGAGAUUUUGUGGAAGGAUGGUUUUGCGGAAUGGCUAGACGAGCAGUUUUAA